AUGUCUACCGAAGGCCUUAUCCAAGCUGCGCAGAACCGCCGCACCAUCUACAAGCUCGGCAAGAACAGCCCCGUCUCCGACUCCAAGGUCGAGGAGCUCAUCAAUGCCGCCAUCUUGAAUGUCCCUAGCUCCUUCAACACCCAGUCCACCCGUCUGGUUGUGCUGCUGCACGAGGAGCACGAGCGCCUUUGGGAUCUUGCCGCCGAGGCUUUCGCUCCCCUAGUCCAGUCUGGUGCUGUUCCUGAGGAGACCUUCAAGAACCAAACUCUGCCCAAGCUUCAGGGCUUCAAGGCUGCUGCCGGAACUAUCCUCUUCUACGAGGACCCCACCCACAUCAAGUCCUUCCAGGAGAAGUUCGCCGCUUUCGCCGACAAGUUCGAGCCCUGGGCUGAUCACUCCAAUGCCAUGCACCAGUACUUCCUCUGGACUGCUCUCGAGUCUGUUGGCUUUGGUGCCAACCUGCAGCACUACAACCCGCUCCUGGACGCCUCUGUUGCUAAACAGUGGAACCUUCCCACCGACUGGCGCCUCGUCGCCCAGCUUGUCUUUGGUAGCCCUGAGGCUCCAGCUGGCGAGAAGACCCAGAAGCCCAUCGAAGAGCGGGUCAAGAUCUUCGGCAAGCAGUAA